AUGGUUUUACUUCAGAGCCCCAUAUCAGUCCCUCCUCUGUUUUUCUCUUUCUUAGUUCCCCCCAACCUGACAGUCCCUCGGGGCAAGUCCCCCCUGGUGGCCCGCGAGGGUGACACAGUGGAGCUGGAGUGCCUUGUUUCAGGGAAGCCCAAGCCCAUCAUCCUGUGGUCGAGAGCCGAUAAGGAGGCGCCCAUGCCGGACGGCAGUAUGCAGAUGGAGAGCUACGACGGCGUGCUGCGUAUUGUUAAUGUGUCCAGGGAGAUGACGGGCUCAUAUCGCUGCCAGACCAGCCAGUUUAAUGGGUUCAACGUGAAGCCCCGGGAGGCCGUGGUGGAGCUGAUCGUACAAUACCCUCCAACGGUGGAGCCGGUGUACAUGGAGAUGCGUCAGGGUCUGGGGAGGCCUGUGGUGAUGACCUGCAGAGUGCUGCGAGCCCACCCUUCCCGUGUGCUGCGAUUCGAGUGGCUCCUAUCAAACCGGCUGCUUCACGCCGGAGCCUUUGAUGCCCAAAGAGACGAGACGGAGUACACCAUCCGCAACCUGAAUCGAGACGGCUGGGGGGAAUACACCUGUAAUGUCAUCAACGAGGCCGGAGCGGGCAAAUGCACCUUCCAGGUUACAGGUAAGGCCUACCCUCCAGAGUUCUACUAUGAUACCUACAGCCCUCUGUGGCAGAACAGGCCCAGAGUUUACGGCUUCAAGCUCCAGUGGACCCAGAUGAACCCCAACGCAGUGGACCGCAUUGUCGCCUACAGACUGGGCAUCAGACAGAUGGGGCUGCAGCGCUGGUGGGAGCAGGAGAUCCCUGUGGACGGACCAAUCAACAAAGGAGAGCUCAUGACACACAACCUGACUGAGCUCAUAAAGCCUGAAUCCUACGAGGUGCGCCUCACCCCCAUCACACGUUUCGGAGAGGGUGACUCCACUAUCCGGAUUGUCACGUACAGCGCUCCCAUCAACCCUCACCUGAGAGAGUUCCACUGCAGCUUCGAGGAGGAGCCCAUCUGCCUGUUUACCCAGGACAAGAAUGAUGAUUUUGAUUGGACGCGGCACAGCGCUGCUACCCGCGACACCAAAUACACACCCAACACCGGGCCCAGUGGUGACCGCAGUGGUUCCAAGCAGGGUUUCUACAUGUACAUUGAGACGUCAAGACCACGGAAGGAAGGGGACCAAGCACGGCUUGUAAGUCCGUUUUUCAACGUAGCACCUAAAAACCCGUACGGCAUCACCAACCCUCCCGCCUACUGCUUCGGCUUCUUCUACCACAUGUAUGGAAAACACAUAGGAACACUAAACGCCCUCCUAAAACAGAAGGGCCAGACGACCUCCGAGGGUCCCGUGUGGUCGCUAAACGGUAACCAAGGUGACCGCUGGAAGCAGGCAAAAGUAAGCAUCCAUCCGACGGCAUCCUUCCAGGUGGUACUCGAGGGUAUCCGGGGACCGGGCAUCGAGGGAGACAUCGCCAUCGAUGAUGUCACGCUGGAGGAAGGGGAAUGUCGAGACCCACCGCCCAAUCUCAGCUCCAAGGAUCCACUCACCUCCUCCCAUAUAUGGCUGCUAUGCAUCACCUUGGUGAUGACCCUCCUGGAAGGUCAGAGGUGACCCUUCUCUCCGUCAUCUCAGAGGCGAAUAUUCAGACCCACCGUCUGUGAACUAUACCCUCGGCAUCCAAUCACCAAAGAUUCAUGCAUCCUGAAAGCAGCAGGGGUCCCCUGACAGACCACGGACGGACUGGAAUUAACGAAAGACAGAAAAAAUCGUGAUUAAAAAAGUUACACAAAAAGUAAUAAAGAAGAUGCGCUAAUUUUUUAAAAAGAGACCUCUUUUACAGAAAACACUCCUCGGUGCGGGACUCUGGACGUCUUUACGAGCACAAAGACAGGUGGGCGAUGAACAAGCCUGGACUUUGGCGAAAGAGUUCACAAGCGUCGAGGGAGGACAGUUUGUAAAGCACAAGAACAAUUUUAUGAAGUUAUGAAAAUAUCUUUGGAAGGCGGCGGAACAUAGACACUGCUGACUUUUUGAAGAGGAAAUAACAUUUUCCCUGCUUACAAACACAUGGAAUCAGACUUUUCUCUGUGUAUCUUUAUCUUCAUUUUCUCGCACCAGAUGCCAAUCACCGACACUUUGUUUUUCACUCUAGCCCGGCCUCACAUCACACCUUGGCAUUUCUUUAUCUGCUUGGUGCUGUACUGUAGAAAAACAAGGACUCUGGCAACAUUUAGUUCUGUCUGCUUACUCCCCUGUAGCUGCCUAUGUAUCUAUUAACACUGUGCUCACGAGUCCAAGUGGCCAACCGACGGUAUGGUGGCAGAACAAUGAAAGCAGAAGAGGCAGCGGAGGUGUAGAGAGCUCGGACUGGAGGGCAGAGAGGAGGAGCUGGAGAGAGAGGGAGAACAGAGAGGAGGGAUGAGGAGGAACAGGCAGAGAGUAGAGAAAGGUCCGAUUAGUGAGGCCUGACUCGAAUAUCCAGUCGGCGGUCCGCCUGUGGAACAGAAGCCACUUUACUUUCUGCCAUGAAACAAAGUGCCUUCAGAUUACAAACCGAAUCGUGAGCCUGGGUGUUAAUCAACAUCGAACACAUCUCUGUUCAUGUUUCCUCUGAUGGGCUAUUUUCUACAUGUUUCUUUUGCCCCACAAGUGCUGAUGGGAGGGCAUGCGUGUUCAGAGGGGGUAUGCGGUAGCGGUCCACCCGGAUUUAACUCCUGAUGGGACAGUUGCGUGUGUGCGAGUGUGUGUAUGUGUGUGUGUUUGUGUGUGUGCAUGCGCCUAAAGCCUAUGCCUACGCGUAGUUCGGUGUGAGGGCAGCCGACCAGGCGGUGCUGGCAGACCAGGUUUGGAAACAAUUUGGAUAAAAACGGCAGCAACGGUGAAAGUGAGGCUCUGGAUCGUGUUUUUUUUUUUUGUUUGUUUGUUUUUUCGCAGAAAGACGAGAUGACGCAGGAGGAUAAAGACACUUCGUCGAAUGAAUAUCCCACUCUCUCUUCCCAUAAUUCUCCCUCCCUGCGGGCGAGCAUUUUUUAAACAAAAGAACAACUGCUGAAUAAAACAUUGUACAGGGAGGAGAGUAGGAACUUUGGGACUGCAGGCUCGUCAUGAGGGUGAUACGCCUCGCCCCUAUCCUCCACCAUUUCUAUGGAACAAUAUGAGAAUAAAAGAUAAUAAUGACCAUAAUAAUAGUCAUGAUAUUUUAUUACUCUAGCGAGAAUGUUUCUCUGCUUUUACACAAACUGUGAAGAUUGACUGUGGAAGAUCUACCUGAGACCAUAACCUUAACCAGCGGGGUUUUUAAAAAAUGUAUUGUAAAAAAGAGAAAACAAGAAAAUGAAAAAUUCCGUUCAUUGUUGGUUAUGACAAAUGUUUUGAGGACUUGUGUCUUGUUUCUUAUUUUUUCCGUUGAAGAUGACUUAACUUCCUUUCUCUUCUUGUUGUCUCCCUUUGCAUUGCUUAAGUAUCAAAGCUGAUGGAAGCAUAAGAAGUAAACCAAUUUGGUAACUGUAUAACUUGUAAAUGUUAAAGAAGCUCUAUUCAAAGGUUUAUGAUAAAUGUUUUAUGUUGGAGUACAGGAAGCACAACAUACAGUUUAAGGUCUCGACAUAUAAAAAUCCAUUUUAUAUUUCUCUGCACAUACGUGACCUACUCCCACAGGCUUUCCAACACAAGUCCACGUUUGACAGCAGACUGAUCAUUUUUUACUCGUUACAUUCAUAUUUAUAGCGCAACCAGAACACUGAAGGACACAAAGGGAACCCAGAGUAUAAGUGAAGUCUUCAUGGGUGCAGACUGGGUGCAGGUUCAGCUUGGUGUUGUGGUUGUUCAGCAUAUGUAGCCUCUUCUGUGGAAGCCUGGGUCGGUCCGAGUGGGUCAUGUACAUGUGUGAGCAUAAAGCUGUGUACAAUAGGUGUGAUAAGAAACUGAUACAUGUAAAGAAGAUAAAUACGCUGAGCAAAACAGAGCAGAAUGAUGAGCAUUUCAGGGCAUCCUUAUAAUAUCAUUAUGGUCUGUGUGAUGUUAUUGCAGAGACAUAAUCACAGCUAUUAUCUGCUCUCCAUUUCUGUUUGUUUCCUUUCAUUCCUGUGUUUUUAUUUUACGUACGGCCCAGAUCACAAUGAAUGUAAAUGGAGUUCUGGGGGGAGUUCUUUUUUUACGGUCUUACUAGAUGUAAUGUUUUACUAAAACAUAUGUUUUUGUGUGCUUUUGAUGAUGAGAACUUUCAGACUUUCAUAGGUUGUUUUGGACACGUCAAGAACAUGAAGUUCAUCUGACUUUGACACAAUUUCCAAAAAAUAAAAAAUAACAAGCUCAGAUUAAAUAUCCAUUAGCUAGUAACUAUAUCCUGCUGCGGUAUAGUGAGAAAUGAAAAGUGCCAAAGUGCCCCGUGCAGUCGUCACUGUCACUGAGUAUGGACAUGAGUUCCUUAAGAUAUUUGGGUAACUGUUCCUUUUACGACCACCCCGAGCGCCUGGUCAGUCCUGAUGUGAUAAUAGCUCCACCUUUAAUGAAUGAUUCAAAAUUACAGCUGGAUUUAAAUGAAAGGACACCUUGGAUAUCACUUGGGUAUUUAGGUCAAAAUUGUAGUUUAGGGAAACAAGUGUAUUCAUUUUCUGAGAUCCAGUUAGCUUAGCUUAGCUUAGCACAAAAAAGACUGAAAACAGGGGGAAACUGUUAGCCUGCCACUGUCCGAAGAUAACAAAACCUGCCUAAUAUUUAACACCUGUCUUUUCGCUUGUUUACUUCGUACAAAACCUGAAGUACUACUUAUAUGUACUUAGUUGCGUAAUACGCAAAUUUUACAGGGUAGUGUUGUUUCAAAUCAAACAUGGCCAUUGCGCACUUACCAGAAUUUCCAACCUCAAUUAAGUUUCUUCCUCUCAGCGAAUUGCAACCGAAGGUGCAUAAACAUCAGAGAUAACAUACGCCCACAGAUCAAAUAUCUUAAGCCACAACAUUUGUAGUUUCAAUGCCUGAUGAUAUAAUGUCCAACUGUUAGCUAGCUAGCAAGCUAACGUUAGUAUUCAUGUUAUUGUUAGCAGUACUGAAUUAUUACACAAUUUAUCCAAUAAACAAACAUCGUGCCUCUAUCUGACAACAGUAUAGUCCGUUCAUGAAAAAUUCACAGGUAUACCUUAGCUUAAAUUUGUCCAAUGCUUUAGUGUUCACAGUGGUAGAGUCCCUGGCCGCCAUUUCAAAAGUUUGAAUUGUGUUUGUGGUCCCACCCGUACCGCUAACUAGCCAAAAUGGUGACCAUUGAGAGUGUCCAAUGUGCCAAACUCAACUUUAUGACCUUUACAACCGCACCAUCUGGGUACUAAUUAGGGCUGCCACUAAUGAUUGUUUUCAUUGUCGUCUAAUCUGUAAAUUAUUUCUUCGAUUAGUCGACUAAUCAUUUCAUCGAAAAAUGUGUUAAAAUGUUGAAAAAUGUCGGUGUGUCUCGGCCAAACCCCAAAAUUACAUCAACUAAUGUCUUGUUUCGUACUCACGCCAAAGGGUUUUAGUUCACUGUCUCGGGAGAGUGUGUAAAGCUGCCAAUAUCUGAACGUAAGAAGCUGCAGUAAGAGUAUUUUGGGUACUUUUAUAGUACUUUUCUAUGAAAAAUGACUCAAACCGAUUAGUCAUCUACUAAAAUAGUCACCGAUUAUUUUAAUAGUCGAUAAGUCAUCGAUUAGUCGACUAAUCGUGGCAGCCCUAGUACUAAUAAGACACAGCAUUUUGCCGUUCUUCUUAGUGUGAACGCGCUCAAACUAGCAAGUCUAAGUACAGAAGUGUCCCAUCUUUGUAUAUGUCAAACAAACGAGAUAUACUGUACGUGCUCAUAAGCAAACAUCAGGGGAUAUUUUGUCAUUUUCGGACAGAGCAAGACUGUUAGCUGUUUUUCUUGUUUUUUUAGUCUUUAUGCUAAGCUAAGCUAACUGGCUGCUGGCUGUAGGCCUGUAUUUAUGGUACAGAAGUCGUUGGCUUUUCUGUCCUAGGAUGGUUAAGACAUGACCUGCCCCACUCUGCCUCUAAUUGCUUUACCCUCCCCAACCCAACCAAUGAAGGCAACGUGUACUAGCCAAUCAGAAGGAGAGUAGGGCAGGUCAUGCCUUCGUCAUCCUAGGACAGGGGAAGGCAACCUGCAGCUCUGGAGCCAUAUACGACUCUUUAGCCCCUCUGCAGUGGCUCCAUUUGGCUUUGAGAAAAAAAUGUAAAUUGUAAAAAUGUGUAGCCUAUGCACUGAAUUAAUAGGAAGAAAAUAAAGUUUGAACAUUUGGUCAACUAAAAUGUCAUGCGCCAUUGUCCUCUAAAUUUACCAAACCUUGACCACAGUGGCUCAUCUAGAGCCUCCCUAGCUAGGCUAACAAUGGAUUCCAAAUUCAUAAAAGUAAAAGUCUCUGAGGAAAAUUUAGAAUUUAAUAGUGCAUGGAUGGAUUAGUUUGCUUUCUCCGCCAACGCUGCAAUGUUAAAGUACCAAAAACAUCACAGCCAACUGCAGAGGAGCCAUCUUGUGUUAAAACAUGUUUUUGAAUGCUUAUUUUGAUUUAUUUUAAUGUUGUUGGCUAAUUUGGACUUCAUACGCAGUGUUACCAUAACAUUUAGAUAUGUUUUGCGGCUCCAGGAGGAUUGUUCUUAAUUAUAUUAGGUGAAAAAUGUUUCUUUAAGGUUUCCGACCCCUGUACAGAUGGCAGUCGUAUCAAUCUUCUCACCUAACUCUCAGCAAAAAAGCAAAAAGGCGUACUACCCCAAAAGUCAAACUGUUGUUUUAAAAUAACCUGAGUUUGAAAAAUUUCUUCUUUAUAGUAUAUAUUCGCCUUAUUGUGAAAUUAGUUUGUGUGUGUUGUUGUGUGAGUUAUGUCAACAUCAGCCUUUCAAAAACUACUGCAGACCUUUCAUCCUACUUUUGUGGUGCAUAUUAUUAAGUUCUGGGUACAUUCACACGUAUCCGCAAAACUUUCAUCUGCACGAAGGAAAUCUUCACAAAACCACGUCUGAAAUUCGACAGCAAAAGGAAUCAUUGUUUGUUUCUGUGGUAUUAAAGCUCUCACCAUAUCCUUUAUUUCCAUUUCUGUGCAAUCCACACACCCUGUGUCAGCCUGUGCCCUCUGUGUACAGCAGAGAUGUGAGUCUGGUGAGUAGCUUACACUCUCAGCUUGGCGCUAUUUAUUGAUAAAAGUCCUCUAAGCUACUUCAAAGUACAAUUGAAGGGGAUUAACAGUUUUUUGAAUAUGUAAACAGUGUUGUGUUUACUGACUUUAUUUUGAUGAUUAGAGGCUUCUGUAGUCAUGGAAGGUGUGAAGUGCUCGUAUAAACUAACGAGGGGAAAUGGGUUGGAGGUAUUUGUGGCUUGUGAUUAGUUUGGGAGCCGAAUGUGUCCAUGUGUGCCAAGUGUUUCAUCACUGUGCCUGGGCCCGAGAUAUUUGGUGUGUGUUGUUUUUCCCACCAGCGCGUACAGUAUUAGAUGUUUCUCACAGGAGCCACUUAAGUUUGACACUCAUGCAAGAGUUUGCAGCUGUGGUGAUAGUGCCAUGAAUUUUAAUAGAGGGUUACAGAAAUAAAAUGACUGUACCUUUUUUUUCCUCUCUCUUUUCUUUUUGGUAGACCGAUCCAGGAAUCUAUUAAGUUCAGUACUGGAAAACUCUUUUACAAUAACAUCAAAUUUAGAAGUCUCAGUUUACUUAUGGGGUGUAUAUACUACAGGUACUGCGACUAAUACAGCUGUCUGGUAUUAAAUACUGCACUGUGGCACCUCUUUCGUUCAUGCUUCACAGUUACUGGUUUAAUCACCAGCCGACUAGUAACAUCUAGUCACAUUCAUGCAGGUGUACAGUGAUUUGCUUAUGCCAGUAUUUGCUGCGACAGCUCCCUCUACCAACCAGACCUCCGUCUUAUGUGCUUUAUUCACGCUGUUAUUAAUCUUACAGAGUUUUAAUGUUCAUGUUUGUGUUUAUUAAGGUUGAGAUUCUCCCAGCAGAGUCCUUAUUGCUGCUCAUAUUCUUUUAGAGCUCCCUCAAACAGCAGAGGCUUUUUCACCAAAUCAUUAAUUCCAUAAUUUUAGCUUAGUUUUUUUUUUAGGUUCGUUUAGGUUAUUUGCACAUACAUGUAAAGAAAAGACAAGAAAAAAGAAAUUAGAGGUUUAAACAUUGUGCAGGAGAGUUUAGAAGCUGAAAAUGGCUCAUGAAGAUACCUCCCCUAGUAAAUAGCAACAAAUAUACAUAAAAAGAACAAUAAAAGCGCUAGGAUAGGCAGAAAUCUGGAGAAGCACCUGCUGCUCUCCCCUCUCUGACCUAAGCCCCUCCCACCAAUCAGAAACGGGCACACACGCGCUUCAUGCAGUUACCCAAUGUUCCGAUACUUGAACAGUUGCCCGCAGCGCAGCCUUUGCGUGCUGUCUUGCCUCGCUCUCUCAUUCUCCAUUUAUUAGACCACAAAUCAGACAACAAUUAGCUAGCCGCACACCCCACCGCUGUGGACUGCCUCCCCAGGAGGAGAGCAGGCAGCAGCUUGUGUAAUGGACCUUUGGUUGGCAGUUGUCGAGCUAGAAGUUGGCCAGUGUGGGCUGGUGGCCAACAGCAGCAUAGGGUCUAACCUGUGUAGAGGCAGCAACAGAAAGUUUGAUUUGGCUGGGGGGCCGGGUCGUCCACUGGCCUCGAGUUGUGGUUAGCGCUUGCUGGAUUCGGGUUGCUACAGCUGCCGACUGGGGGUCCAUCCUCCAAAGCUGCUGCCCGCUCUCGUCCUGGUGAGGUGGUUUGUAGCGGUGGGGAUUGAGGCAGAGAAUACUUUGAUUCAACGCUCUAGCUAACGUUAGCUACAUAAAUGUGAACUUGAAGCCACAGCCGUGAGCCUUUGGUUUCGGUUAGCAGGAGGCUAUACUAUCAGCAACAUUGUCUGUCUUUCUCUGAAACACUUUGCAGAUACUGACGCGUUUUUGUUUUUUUUCCGUUUAUUGUCAGACUCUCAUUUUGAUAAGUCCAUCUCUGUUUGUCUUGAUUGCUUUGCAGUGUCGGCAGAAUGCUGGAAUAGCAACUUGCUCUGCAGGAUUCAUUGCCAUUGAAUCAGACUUUCACCAUCUGAAGAGACGUUGAGGGGCAUCUGCAUUUAUAGAACAGGUCUGAAAUGACCUGUGAUUGGUCAAAAUCUCCCAUGACAGGCUAGAUUUUAUUAAGCCUGAAAACUGAACCACAGGUGCAGGUGUCUAGUUUACUCUCAGACCACUUAAAUUCCAGUAUGCUCAAGGGUUAUUAUGGGAUUUAUACCAUGUAAUGCUGAAAUUAAACUGCCUACCCCAGCUUUAAGUGUCAGGUUAAAACCAUUAGACUGAAAAUGCACCGUAGAAUCACAUAAAAACUAAAGUACUGAACCUUGUAGUUUCAGCAAAUCCUAAACAUUAUAAAUGAGGUGUUUGGGUCAGUUGUAUUGCAUUGCAUUACAUCGUCCUGGUCACACUAGAAAUUGCCUUUUUCUGUGUAACACUGCUGCAAACAAACAGCAAGUCGAUCGUUAUUGCAUGGGGAAAGGCAAGAGCCAUUUGGUAGGUGGGAGGAGAGAAGCAGUACAGUUUACAGAGACAGAAAUAGUGUUUUCCUUUUAAAAUGCAGUUUCACCGUCUUCGCUGAGAAAAUGACACAUCUGACUCUCUGCCUUCGUGUAACAUGAAAGGUACAUGUUGGUCUUAAUUGAACUGAGGUGGAAAUAACCUAUCGUCUGAUAAUUUAAGGACCAAGGAAACAAACAAUGAGCGGGCUUUUUUUCGCUGCUGUUAAACCCAAGAUGAAAAUCAGUUAUUUCCUUUGACAAAUACACAAAAGAAUUAUGCAGUUGUGCAUGAAUGUACCCAGUGCUUACAUUAAUACCAUUAAAAUGGAGCCACUGUAGCAUUAGAGGAUGUGGCCUGUGAGGGUUUGUGCAGGCUGCAGAUUGAACAUAAUUGCUGCAACAUGAUGCAGCGUGCUGAAACAAUUUCCCAGGUUCUUUGGUGAAUUUGAUUAAACCUAUCCAUGUGAGUAGAACCAUGACCAGUUGCUAUGUGGGGAAAUGUAAUUUAAAACAAAGUAUUGCCUUAAUUCCUAGAAAGUGCAUACCUUGUAAUAUUCUAAAGUACAAGUGGCAAAGAUCUCGCUUCAAUUUGUUUUUCAGUCGUGCUGCUGAACUUCUUGAAAGGUGUUUUUAAAGCGAUUCAGCUGUAAUUUUCACAGUUUUAUCCACUUACACACAGCUAUAAUCACCUGGUUAGGUAUUAUUCUUACCAUGUAUUUAAAUGCUUAAUACCUAGUGCUUCAAGGGUCUCUAAAAGGAACAGUCCCGGCAUUUCUUUCUGAGUGGAAAUGUUCUCAUUUUCUGUUCAACCUAAGAAGGGCUUUGUCACAUUGUGCCAUUCAUCGCGCUAUUUUAGCUCCCCGAAUAACCAUCCAGUUCCACAAGCAUGAUAUAAUUGCAGCUGGUAGCCCCAAUUAUCACGACACACACCCUGCUUUCUUGGUAUUGAUUCAGCAAAAGAGAAGUGGUGCCAGCAGUGGGUGGGGGGAGGGGGGUGUUGUGGUUAGGCACGACCAGCGUCGGCUCGGAGAAUUGGCAGUCACAGUGGAUUUGGCAGAAAAGUGUUGAUACGAGGGACUCAAACAGGAACAAAAUGUCAGUCAUAUUAAACCUGAGACAUUACCACUGUGUUGAAUGUGUUUUCAAGAGUAAAAUUGCCAUCUUAAUGCGUCGAGCUUCUUUCACUCUCGCACAGUGGCUAGGCAGCAGUGAGUGACUUCUCGACAGGAGGCUGACUGCAGUCUCAAUAAAUAACUGGGAAAGGUAGACACAUUUCAGAGAUCUCAUUUUACUCUGUCAGGGAAGAAGCACUAUGUCGCUAUUUGAUGGCGUGGCUGCUCAGUGUGACAACUUCACCAGUGGGAAAACUGCCACCUCUUGGUACCUUAUUGUCUCUCGCGUUGGAGCGAAUCUCACGACUCCUCGAUGGAAUCACAGGGCCAGGCGGGAGCAACAUGACUGCUCGCACAGACUCCAUUUUUACUUGUCCAGUUAUUUACCGUCAGCGCCACAGACUGCGCGCAGGAUGACAAAACGAAGAUGUAGAGAAAUCGCCCCCCCUCGCUCUUGAAAAGACCCCUGGAAAUAAUAAGAAUUGAUGCUGUAAUAUCGAGGUUGUUAAGAAAGCUGUGUUUCAGUGAUGUUAUUUAUCUUGUUCUGUGCCGACACCCUGUAAUGAUGACCUGUCACUCUUCUCUGUUUUGUGCUCUAUAUUUAUAUAUGAUCAGGCUUCUUUUUCACUGUAUUUCUUUGGAUUUAUCACCCAUUUUUUGUGCCAUACCUGCAACUAAUGAAAAAAUAAA